CCUCACCGCCUCCUCCCCAACUUCACCACUUUCCUCACUCCCUUCAUCUCUCUCCACCUCAAUCAUCCCGCCUCUGCACACAAUGUCCUCCUUCGGCAGAUACUCCGACACCGGCGGCGGCCCUUCCAGACACGAGUCCUAUUCCGAACGGUUCCGUGUCCAGGACUCCCGUCUCUCGGCCGCAGGGCCGGCUGUUCACCGUUCCGACGCACCGGAGCGGUCGCGGCUUAGCAGGUUGAUUGACCGCGCCUGCGACCCCUCCAAUCUCGAGCCAAACCUCGCGCUCAACCUCGAAAUCGCUGAUCUCAUCAAUGAAAAGAAAGGAAACUCCGCCCGUGAAGCUGCCUCGCAAAUCGUCAAGCUUAUCAACAGUCGCUCAUCUGCAAUCUCCAUCCUCGCCCUGGCCCUCCUCGACAUCUGCGUCAAAAACUGCGGCUACCCGUUCCACCUGCAGAUCUCGCGCAAAGAGUUCCUCAACGAGCUCGUCCGCAAGUUCCCCGAGCGCCCGCCGCCCCGCUACUCGCGCACCCAGCAGCUGAUUCUCGAGUCCAUCGAGGAGUGGAGAGAGACUAUUUGCCAGACCAGCAGAUAUAAAGAUGAUCUGGGGUAUAUCCGGGAUAUGCACAGAUUGCUGGCUUAUAAAGGAUACUCCUUCCCGGAGAUUAACAGAGACGAUGCCGCCGUCCUCAACCCGUCCGAUAACAUCAAAUCCGCCGAAGAACUAGAAGAAGAAGAGCGCGACGCGCAGGCGGCAAAGCUGCAAGAGCUCAUCCGCCGCGGCACCCCCGCCGAUCUUCUCGAAGCCAACCACCUGAUGAAGAUCAUGGCCGGCUACGACACCGAGCACCGCACCGACUACCGCGCCAAAGCGGCCGAGGACCUGGCCAAGAUCCAGCGCAAGGCAAAGUUGCUGGACGAGAUGCUGGACGGCGUGCGUAAUGGGGACGCGAUCGGGCGGCAGGAUGCGUUUGAGGAGCUGUAUAAUGCAAUCAAGAGCUCGCAGCCAAAGAUUCAAAAGAUUAUAAAAGAAGAGAGCGAUGACGCCGACGCGGUCCAGAGAUUGCUCGGGCUGAACGAUUACAUCAACACCGUCAUUACAAAAUACGAGACUGUCAAAUCCACCAGACGGCCAGGAAGCAGUGCCUCGUCGAGCACAACCCCGAGCAGAACCGGCUCGCCGACGGUGUCCAGUCCGACUGCGGCCAAGUCCUCGUCGACUGCUGCUUCUGCUGCCCCUGCUGCGGCCGUCAACCUGAUUGAUUUCGACGACGAGAUCGACGUCUCGCAGCCGCCGAUCUUUCUCUCUACAUCCCCUGCUCCUGGCGCCAGCACCGCAUCCUCGACGUCGACCACUCCCGCUGCGUUUUCAAACGAACUUUUUGCAUCAGUGGUUCCGCAGUCAUCACAGUCACAAUCACCUUCCUCCCCGCCCUUACAACAGCAGCAGCAGCAGCAGCAGCACUUGUCGACCGAGUCGAUCCUUGCGCAGUUCAGAAACACGACGAUUUCCUCGCCCGCGCCGAUGCAGCCCUCGAACGGCAUGCAAUUCGCAAACCUCCUCAACUCCACCCCUUCGCCGCAGCAACCGCAGCAGCCUAACAACUCGUUCGCGGCAUUCCAAGCAUUGUCAUCCUCCUCAUUAUCAUCAUCUGCCGCAUCGCCUGCUCCUGCAUCUGCACCACAGAUGUCGUCGCAGUCGGUUCUGCUGCCGGCUACGAACCCUACACAAUCCGCGAUGCAGCCUACGCCUUCUCCUGCCGCGCAGCAGCAGCAGGCCAAACCAGCAGCGAGCAGUAACCUUCUCGAUCUCGAAGGUUUGUUUUAGAGAAUAGAGAGUGUAUUGUUCUUUUGAGAGAGAGUAUUUGCAAGGCGUUAUAAUCCACUGUUAAACGGCCUGUUUGUGUGCUGAUGGUACAUCUGUUUUUUGUUAUAUCUACGUUAUAUAUAUGAGUAGGUUGAAUCUACGUGUUUUUGUUUCAAGGUAGGUUAGGUUUGAGGGUGGCAUGUUGUUCGAUCUGAAUUGUUUGUUUAGUAGUCUAGUUUAUUUCUCUUCGCGAAUUGGCGGAGCAUUUUGUGUUGCAUUAUCAAUUUACGCAUUCUUUAACUAUUCAAA